AUGGCUCCUGAGUUGGUUGUUUCCCGCGCGAGGGUGCCCCCGGUGCGCGCCGGGCCUUCGGUGCGCCGGGUGGUCUCGAAGUCGUCUCGAACCUCUCGAGUCGGACAAGCGUUCUUGGCCUUCAUCGCAGUAAUGCCUGCACUGGCGUACUACGCCCCUGUUUGGGUACGAGGAGAUGUAGGUGAGAGCACGGCGUCUACGUGUACGGAUGUGAACAAGCGGGCCCUGUGCUCGUGCGCCGCCAACGACAUGAACAACAAGCCGUUGCCAGUAACUCUCUCACAAACCAAAAACGAGCUGCAACUUCUCUGCAGUGACCCCUUGCAGUAUGUACCGGCCGGCCUGUCCAAAUCUCAGGUGUGUCCAGCUGAUGCAGACAAACUGACCCAAUGUCUGACCGAUCAGGGCACCGGCUACAUAGACAUAGCCACAGUACUUCACGGGAACCCGAAGGAUAUGGAGUGGAAAACCGAGAGCAAGGCAGGUGAAGGGUCUCCUAAGGUCCUGACAAUACCUCAAACCAGCUUCCCGUAUGACGACGAAUUCUUCGUUGUAGGAUGUUCAUCACAUUCAAGGGACACCUCAUCGAAAUGCCAAGUGAACGUGACAGUCGCGGCGAGGAAAACGACAAAACACGAACAAACUGUCACAUGCGCCUACGGCCAAGCCAGCAACCAAUCACAUCAACAGAUCACAAUAACGCCCUCACACAACGCCUUCACGCUCACCUGUGGCGAUCAAGGAGAAGUCCUUCCCACGCUGCACACGCAGACCUACUGCAUCAUCGGCGAAAAAACAGACGCAGAAGCGAAGUGCUCGGGCAGCUACGCUGAUGUCCUGCCCGGCUACGAAGAGACGUGGUGGAAGGCUGGAAACAGCAAGAACUCGUUUACACUAACAAUUCCAACCGACAAGUUUCCGAAGGAGAGUGCGACGAUCAUGGUGGGCUGCGGGAAGGCCAAGACGUCGACGUCAGAGCGCAUUGAGCCUGAGUCUGCGCUGAGUCCCAGUGUUUGCAGCGUUGACGUGACCAUUGAGGGCAGCGGAGUAGCGAGUGCAUCGUCGUUGGCGUUCACAGGUCUGACAGCUGCCCUCUCAGGGACAGUGACUAUAACUGCUUUAUGGGUUGAUUCAUUGUGA